CAAUAAUUUAAAUUAAAAAUUCUAAAGAGAAUUUUGGUUAAAAAAACUUGUCGUUUCGAUUUAUUGUAAAGAAUAUUAAAAUUCCUCAAGAUUUUUAAUAUAUUAUGAUCUGUAAGCCUAUUUUCCUUUAAGCCAUGUCAUAACUCGCCACUAUCUAAAUAAAUAUUUAGGAAACGAAAUUGGCUGUAGCUAUGAGUGGUAAACAAAGUUCUACUUCGCCUCCUGAAAUUGUGAAAACAGAUUCUGAAGAUAAAAACAAGGAUGGUGAGGAUAUUGACGAAGAAAUAUCUGCCCGAAUGACUGCUUCAUACAGUGAAAUAUCAUUUCAUUCUGACAAUGCUCCAAGUGCUGAAGAACAGAGAAAAGAACCUGGUCCUUCAAGACCGUAUGAUCUCCCUUCUGAAAAUCGUAAACAGGAAAAAAUUCCUUUAGAUGGCCACUUUCACUAUGAGGGUGACAUGACUCAUUAUGUGGCCGAUGAUUUAGAGUUUAAGAUUAAAAUCUCUAGUCCUAUAGCCAAACGUGGCGAAACUCCAAUAUUUGGUAGUUCUAGCGCGUCCCGAUCAAGUACUCCAUCUGGCAAACUGUAUAGGCAAAUAUUGGCUCCACAGAUUGGCCAAAUAGAUAUCACAGUGCUAAAUGAUCUUGAAUAUGAAGCACAAAAGAUUGCACAGUCUGUUGACAAUUUAAUAGAAAAUCUGUCUAGUAUUUUACAUUCCAACUCUUCUCUUACUGCAGAAAACAUGGAAGUUUAUAGAGAUGCAGUGGGAAAAACCUGUGAUGCAAUGGACAAUAAUAUAAAAAGUAUGUACACAAUCCUUGCAAAAGGAGAAGAGGUUUCACAAGCUAUGGUCCCAGUUCAAGCACAAGCAGCAAGAAUAGCUGAAAUCAAGCGGCUUUUACAAGUCUUUGAAAGUUAUUUCUGAAACUGGAAAGCAUUUUUACAGAAUGCUUGAAUUGUUGAUGGUUUUUUAUGAUAAAUCAAAACAGCUGUUGAUGAUUGAGAGUGCAAGUUUCACCAAUGAAAACUGUCCCUUUUACCACAAUUCAUUAUUAAUUUGACCAAUAUUUAUUUAUAUUAUUGUCACUAAACUUUAUAUUUAUUUUAUCAGAUCAUCUGUUAAUAUUCCAAUUUAUUUAUUAAUUAAUGUCUUUUAAUAUAAAAAAAUAUGUGAUGCUCAAUUCAUUGAAUGUAUUAAGUGAGAUAUUAUAUGUUUUAUCUAAAGUCAAUUUACUAUUUUGUUAUAUUUUGGAAUGCAUUAAAAUAAUAAUUGAGUGUG